AUGGAAAGACAAAUCAAUGUGACAGAAUUUAUUCUCCUGGGAAUUUCCAGUGACCCAUGUCUCCAGAUUUUCCUCUUUUUGGUGCUUUUAAUCAUUUACUUAGUUACCCUAAUGGGGAAUAUGGUGAUAAUUUUGGUCAUUAGGAUUGAUCCUGAGUUGUGCAACCCCAUGUAUUUCUUCCUCUCCUGCCUGUCCUGCCUUGAUAUCUUCUAUUCUUCUGUCACCAUCCCCCAAAUGCUCCAAAACUUGUUGUCGCAAGAGAAAACCAUUUCUGCUGUUGGCUGCUUUGCACAGACAUUCCUGAUUAUGUUCUCUGGGUGUACUGAGGGUUUCAUGCUAUCAGUGAUGGCUCAUGACCGUUAUGUUGCUAUAUGUGACCCACUGCAUUAUGUGAGCAUCAUGAGCAAAAGAGUUCGCAUUCAGCUGGUGGGUGGUGCAUGUACGAGUUUUUUGCAUGCACUGAUCAACACGCUACUUCUGUUGAAUGUGAAUUUCUGUGGGCCCAAGGAAGUCAGCCAUUUCAUCUGUGAACUCCCUUAUCUGCUACCUUUGUCCUGUACUGAGACUUUGGCUAAUGAUGUGGUUCUUCUCAGUUGUGUUGUAACGUUUGGACUAAUGUCCUUCCUCCCUAUUAUGGUCUCCUACGUUCAUAUCAUCUCCACCAUCCUGAGGAUAUGCUCCACCGAGGGCAGGAGGAAAGCCUUCUCCACCUGCAGCUCCCACUUCAUUAUGGUGGGUUUGUUGUAUGUGUCAGCCCUUGUCCAGUACAUGAAAUUCAGCUCCACCUCCUCUCUGGUUCUAGAUGAACUAUUGUCUAUCCAGUACAGCAUCUUAACCCCCAUGUUAAACCCCAUCAUUUAUAGUCUGAAAAAUAUGGAAGUGCAAAAGGCUGUCAUGAAAAUACUUGUAAAGUUGAAGUUCCUCAAGUAUGCCACUGUACGUGCUCUUCACUAA